UCCGAGAUCGCGGUCACCCACUCACUGGAUCCUCACAGCAUUUUGCCUUAAAUGAUGUGUUCCAUCAGGGCAACAGCAAAGAUGGAUCAGACAUUCUUAGAAAGCUUGAGCUUGUGCCUGAGCUUGCUGGACUUGUCAACAGUCUGUGUGUAGAGCAGUUGUUCUCAGGAGUGAGGGGAAACAACUACUUUUUGAAUAUGACACCCCAUCAACUCAUAUAUUUCUACAAAGAAACAUACUCCACCAUUACAAUAUGGCAAAAAACCAGAAGGCUAUGGUCCAGUACAGCCAGGUUGUUCCUUCAACUGGGAACAUGCAGACAGACAUCCAUGGAAGGGUUUGUCUUAGCUCCUGCCCGGGCUGGGACACAAAAAGGAACCUCUGCCAAUGACCAAACAGAAGAACCCAAAGAGCCUCAGGAGUAUUCAAAAUGCUACUACACUGGACGCCCUGUGAGAAUGUGCCAUGAGACACAUGACAAUGUUGCAGAUUGUCUGAGACAUGGAACUACCAUCAUGGAGAAGACAGAAGUUGUGUCUGACUGCCUCUCGUGUUAUAUAAAUUACUGCAACUCAUCUGUUAUUGUCAGAUUUAAAGAGGGUCUCUCAACGCUGCAGUUUCUACCUGCAUUACAGCAACACCCAGCUUUACUGGCCCCCGUCCUGUGCUUCCAAGACAAGCCACUCCCCGCUGUGGAACUUCAGAGACUUUUCCCAGCUGACCUCAGUCCUCAAGGUAGUAAUACUGUAGGGGGCGCCAGGAGCGUCAGACAUGAAGCUUCUGGGCGGAUUACCUCUUAGACUGUGAAGGUGAGUCAGUUCCUCACAUGAAUCAGAUAUAACACAACCAACUGAAAAAUGUAUAGUUAAGAUGAAAAGUUGUAAUCAUCACAACAUAUCUUACGAUGUUUGAGCAUUAUUAAUGGAGGACUAGGUUAAUACGGCUUUCUGAUGAUCAUAAUAAUGUAACGCACAUCAACUGAGUCCCUUUAGAUUGUGCGCAUGGGUUGGAAUUGAUCAGCCAAUCACGCGGGGUCCUGCGGUCAGCUGACUCCUUUAAAGUUAACUGACGCGGGUCUGGAUGC